CUGAGGGAGCACGGUAACUGGUCUUCGAUUUACCUCGGCCCUCUUCACCUUUAUCCCCUUCAACAAACACAUCUUCAACCUGCUUUAAAGAUGACGCUAGAGUCUGGAGAUUCUUCAACCGAAGGGGCCUGGCAGCCGACUUUGGAAUUGCGACCACAAACCCAGACGGACCAGACAUUUACUAGCUUCUCACAGGCCUGACCUACCUGACCACAUGGAUAACCAGCAGCAAGGCCUGGCUGGUCUGGGAACAAGAACUGACCUCACGGAGACCCGAGGGACCAGACCCUUACCAGUUUCUCAAAGGUCCAACCAACUUGGCCGCGUGGUGCAACGACAUCGAGGCCCUUCCAGCCCGAGAACGACACCUGACCUAACGGUCCGACAUCAAGGGAACCUGACCUGUCCGGGGACAAGACCUGACCUCGCAGAGACCCGACAUCGAAGAGACCUGACCAGACAGACUAUAGGACCGCCUGAAGCACUCGAGGCUGUGACCAGUUCCCAGGAUCUGACUAGAUGCACUCACUUAUCUCCUGUAGUGGCUCACGGCCCCAACCAAUUCCAGGGCCCAACCAGAAGCAGCCACCAACCCAGGAAAAGGGGGAGACGUGCUGGCCUACAGGUGAGACUGAAACAACGUGGUUUCAAGUCCUCCCUCCCCAGCAUAUUCCUGGCAAAUGUCCAAGCUAUCGAAAACAAGCUAGAUGAACUUAAAACUAGACUCACCUAUCAGAGGGAAUUGAGAGAUUGCUGUGUGCUUUGUUUUACAGAGACAUGGCUCACUCCCACUACACCUGACAAUGCCUUACAGCCUGAGGGCUUCUCAAUUCAUCGGAUGGACUGCACAGUGUCCUUGGGUAGGGCAAGGGAUGGAGGGGUCUGCCUCCUAAUCAAUAACUCUUGGUGCUCAGAUGUGGCCACCCUGCUAAGUUACUGCUCCCAGGACCUAGAAUAUUUAAUGUUGAAGUGCCGUCCCUAUUACCUGCCGCGGGAGUUCACCUGUGUUAUUCUGACAGUAGUUUACAUCCCACCCCAUGCAGAAAUGAAGAGUGCACUUGAUGAAAUAUACACAGUUACAAAUAGAUUCGAGAUGAAAUACCCUGAGGCCUUGUUCAUCAUAGCUGGUGACUUCAACCAGGCCAACCUCAAAAGUGUUCUACCAAAAUACCAUCAACACGUCUCCUGUCCCACCAGAGGUGCAAACAUUCUUGACCAUUGCUACACAACUGUCAAAGAUGCCUACUGCUCCAUACCUCGCCCACAUUUUGGAAACUCAGACCGUAACGCUGUGUUCCUUCUCCCAGCUUACAAGCAGAAACUGAAGCGGGAAAACCCAGUACAGAGAGUCGUACAGUGCUGGUCUGAAGAGACGGACAAGCUCCUACGUGACUGCUUCGAGUCGGUGGACUGGUCCGUAUUCAAGAACUCAGCAGCCAACUUAAAUGAGUAUGCCACUACUGUUACAGACUUCAUCAGUAAGUGUGUAGAAGACUGCGUGCCAAAGAAGUUAAUCCGAGUGUUCCCCAACCAGAAACCAUGGAUGAACUGGGAGAUUCACUCCCUCCUCAAGUCCAGGUCUGAGGCAUUCAAGUCGGGUGACCCUGACCUAUACAAGAAAUCCAGGUACGACCUUCGUAAAGCCAUCAGAGAUGCCAAGAGACAGCACCAGAAUAAGCUAGAGUCCCAGACUAACCAUGCAAGCAGUUCUCAUUUGUGGCAAGGCUUAUGUGACAUAAUGGGCUACAAAGAAUCAAGUAGAACUGCUGGCAGCAAUACAUCACUCUCCGAUGAGCUUAAUGCAUUCUAUGCUUGUUCCGAACAGAAGGUCAGUGAAACGAUGUCCCCUGCUCCGAUAGUCUGGAGUGCACCUGUACCCACAAUCACCGUUGCAGAUGUUAGAUCAGCCUUUCUAAGAGUGAACCCACGGAAAGUGACUGGCCCGGAUGGAAUCCCUGGCCGUGCACUUGGAUCCUGCGCAGACCAGCUUGCUGGAGUAUUUGCUGACAUCUUUAACCUCUCCUUGCUCCAAUCUGAAGUCCCCAAUUGCUUCAAGAAGACCACUAUUGUCUCGAUGCCAAAGGAAAAUCAAGCAUCGUGCCUCAAUGACUACCAUCCAGUGGCUCUGACAUCCUUAAUUAUGAAGUGCUUUGAGAGUUUAGUCAAGGCUCACAUCAACCCCAGCCUCCCAGCCUGUCUUGAUCCUUUACAGUUCACCUACUGUCACAACAGGUCCACGGCAGACGCCAUCUCUCUAGCCCUACACUCACCCCUUGAACAUCGGGAUAAUUAUGUCAGACUUAUUGACUACAGCUCCACCUUCAACACCAUAAUUCCAAUUAAACUGACCUCCAAACUCUGAGACCUAGGACUUUGCUCUGUCCUCUGUAACUGGAUCCCCAACUUCUUGAUCCAUACACCACGAUCAGUAAGGAUAGGCAACAACACCUUCUCCACCAUAAUCGUUAACACCAGUGCCCCACAAAGCUGCAUGCUCAGCCCCUUAUAAUACUGUUUGUACACACAUGACUGUGUGUACAAUUUCCACAUAACUCAGUUUACAAGUUUGCUGACAACACCACCAUUUUGUUUUGGAUCUCAAAACAACGAUGAGACAGAGUACAGGAAAGAAAGUAUUCAGUGACAUGGUGUAAGGGUAACAAUCUGGCCUUCACUGUUGGCGAAAGAAAGAGCUGGUUAUUGAUUUCAGGAAGUGUAGUGGAGGAUACUUCCCUGUCUAUAUCAAUAGUGCUGAGUUGGAGAUGUUCGAGUAGCAAUCACCAACAAUCUUCCUGCUAUGACCAAGAAAGCACCACAAUGCUUGUACACCCUCAGAAAGCCAAGGAAAUUCGUAAAGUCCAAAAGGACUCUUAAUUUUUAAUAGAUGUACAAUAGAAAGCAUCCUUUCAGUCUUGCAACUGCUCUUCCUGAGACGGCAAAAAUUACAGCGUUGUGAAUGCAGCCCAGUCCAUCACAUAAACCAGCCUUCCAUCCGUUGACACGCUAUCAGAGAUAAUGGGAACUGCAGAUGCUGGAGAAUUUGAAAUGACAAAGUGUGGGGCUGGAUGAA